UUUCAUAAAUAAUGGCUUUAGGGGCUUAUCGGGAAUGAAGAGGCCGCCGCCGUGAGCUUAUCUCCCUCGGCCACAUUGCGGCCUGUGUUCCGCUCCCUCAGCGUGGGGAGCGAGCACUGCAUGCUGCGUGGAAUAACUCAGCUCCACACACGCACACAUACACACACGCACGCACACACACACACACAGAAAACACACUGGAAGUAGGAAAAAAAAAACGUCAGACAUGGAUGACCCACUCACAAAAUGGCUCCACUUACACGGUAGCAUCAACACCACCACUCCGACGUGAAUUGGUGUCGUUAGCAUGGCUCACAUCGUCACAUGAGUGAUGACGAAAUCGUCGUAUUUUGGACCGGACCUAUUGGAAUAGAAUUUAAAAAAGAAAAAAAGAAAGAAAAUGAUGGAAAAAAGGCAACCGGACCUUUGUCCUGGAAGUCCAGAUGCAGAGUCCGGUCCUGGAAAGCCUGAGGACUCCAUCAUCAUCACCAGACACAUGGAGGAGGAGGAGGAGGUGGUGAAGAGGAAGAAGAAGGAGGAGGAGGAGGGAGAGAGGGCCGAGGAGACGGAUGACGUCCCCCUGCAGAACUCGACUAACGGGACCGUCAUCAUCAUCAACGGCGUUGCCAAGGAAACUGCCUCUCACGACGACGCCCUUGACCUGAAAAGGGAAGUGCCGGUGAUCGAGCUCUCCAGGAGGGACGCUAUAAAGGCGCUGGAGCAGAGGGCUGAGAGCCAUUUGGUGCCCAUCACGGAACUUCGCAGACCUCCACCGCUGCCGCUGCCGCAGACACAACGAGACGACGCUCGAAUGGUCCAGCUGAGUCCAAACGCGUUCCCUGUCCCGGCCCGGGCCAUGCUCUACAACCUGGCGCAGCCUCUCGCCGCCAUCAACAGUCUUGGAGGGGAGUCUGAGCAGUACAGCAUGUACCCCAGCAACAGGGUAAAACGCCGCCCGGCGCCUUAUGAGGUUGAACUCGACGAGGCUGGACAGCCAAAGAUCGUCCGCCGUAUCUUCACAAACAGCCGGGAGCGUUGGCGGCAGCAGAACGUGAACGGAGCGUUUGCAGAGCUUCGUAAACUCAUCCCUACUCACCCUCCGGACAAGAAGCUGAGCAAGAACGAGAUCCUGCGCCUUGCCAUGAAGUACAUCAGCUUCCUCUCCAACCUCCUGGAGGACCAGGACGGAGGGCGCAAUGUUGGCGCCACAACUGAGGGGGAAACGGGGAUCAUCGUCGGGCCCCACGAGGGUGUCCCCCAGGGUGGACCGCGUCAAGACACUGUGGUAGGCUUGGCGAGGGAUGACGUGCUGGGGACAAUGUCACCUGGUUCGAGCUGCGGAAGCUUGCCCGACGGCGACGCCGAGGGCAGCCCAGAGAGCUUCAUGGAGGAUCAGGACUCGCCGCCAGCUCCGAGGACUCUACCGGCUUCACGGGGCCCUGCGCUGCAUCUUGCUGCUCGGGAUCUGAGGCGCAACGGACGCCUGCUCGAUGGCUCUGGUCGGCGAUGAUUCUGAUGCCAAAAGAGCAGGAACACAACGAGUAAGACUGAAAGUGAACAGCGGGACCGAAAAAGUGUGCAUUUGCCUAAAGCAUGGUUAACUUUGAGAGGUGGAACUGUGAGACAACAUAGACAACAUGGGCCUGUCAACCUACAGUACCGUCCUGUCUCCACACUUGACGCCACUGAUUGGGUUGAAUGAUGGUGAGAUUCAGUCCAAACAACUUGUAAAUUCUGCAUGUCUCUUGCUUUUGACCGGAGUAUAGAUUCGAACCUUUCUUUGUUUGGAAACAAGAGGAAAUGUCAGGGAAACAUAAUUGAAUGGAGCCCAAAUCCCUUGUCUAGAUAUAAAAAAAUGUUUAAAAAAAAACAACAAAAAAAUAAAAACAAAAAAAAACAUGUGCAAUCAAAGUAAAACCAAACAAUAAUGACACAAUAUUGUACAAAGUAAAGCAAGAUUUCUUGCACUAUUAAGGUUUUAACCACUGCUUAAGUGAUGAUAUUGGUUACAAUAAGGUAUAGCCAAUUAUUCAAAGGUGGCAUCAACUGAAAUUGCCUAAAAAUGUAAAAUAGCCUGUUCCCCUAGAAUUUAGUAGGAUUUCAUACGACUGGUUGUUUGUGCAUGUAGCGUGCACCGGCACCAUGAUGCUAAUGUUAACAUUUAAUGGGAUUUCCUCCCGAAAUGCUCCUGAGAACACACUCACACUCACCAGGAGUCCUAUCGUGCUCUUGCAGUGGUGUCUUGUAAAUAGCUUUAUAUUUUCCACCGAACAAUGUCAUGUGGUUUAAGAUGUACCUUAGUGUGUGUUUCUUAACAAGUUUAGGCCUCCUUGCAGAACUGCAGAGAGGAGUCGGGCGGAAAGCGAACGGCCGAGCGUCGUGCAUCAAAUGUUGGUACCAUUUAUUCCUGUUGCAUUUUCAAAAACGGGAAGAGAUGAUUUCGCUGCCUGAAGGUGAAUUGAUUUGCUUGGGGAGGUACAAGAACAUGCAGCGAUUGUCGAGGUGUACAAAAUAUGGGUCACGACAUUGACUCACGAAGUCAUUUGGACAUGAAUGUCUGUUUUGUUUUGUUUUUUUAAAAUUUUUUUUAGCAUAUGUAGUUUAGUAAGGUACACAAAUAAAUCCCUUCAUUGCUACGUUUAACACACAGUCACAGCAACACACGCACAGUGUUAAUAUCAUAACAACACCAGCAGUCUGACAGAGACAGUUCAAUAUUGCUCACUGUUGUUUAUUCUACCUUUUUUCAGCAGGACUUAGUAACCUAUAUUGGUACCUUUGGUGACUAUGGUAUUUUAUGAAUUGCGGUAAAAAGGGACAUUGUAUGUUUGGUAAUGGCAUAUUUGUUGUAUGAUAGAUGUAUCUAUAAAUAUAUCCAAUGUUGAAUCCAUGGAUUUUAUACGAAAACCUCUGAAUAAAAGAUGCAGACAAAAAUAACCUUGUUAUGUCCUCUCCAUCUUGACUUAUUACAUUGUACAAAAACUGGACACAAAUGUGUGCAUGCAGGGAUAUUACCCCCCCCCCCAAAAAUGCUGGAACAUUAUUGUUACAUCAUUCAUUAACCAAAGAGGAAAUAAACUACUCCUGAAGUCCAAGUCCAAAAAUUCAAGUAUUUUUUCUACUAAUUACAG